CUGGGCAUUAUCUAGUUUUUGUUUUCUUUUCGUGAUUUUGAUAUAAUUUAGACACUUGUUUGGCGAGUGGGAUAUUUAAUUUAAUUGAUUUCUAUCAGAAAUUGCAAACGCUUGAUUUGUAUCCCCAAAUUUGGAUUAUUUUGUCUUAAUGGUGGAUUUAGUAUAUAGAAUUUGAGAAUGGUUAGACAAAAAUAGCAGUGAUGAUCAUUCAUAGGUAUAUGUUUGCGUCUUCUGUUUUGAACUAAAUUUGAUGAUUGAAUUUGUGGGUCUUUUUUGUUUUACGGAAAAUUUGAGGACAGGAGACUUAACUGACGGGAAGAGACAUGGCUGGUAAUGCUGCAGCCUGCGCCGAGAGGGCAACUAGUGAUAUGCUGAUUGGUCCAGACUGGGCAAUAAACAUUGAAUUAUGUGAUAUUAUUAACAUGGACCCUGGGCAAGCAAAAGAUGCCUUGAAGACACUCAAGAAGCAUCUUGGCAGUAAAAAUCCGAAAAUACAACUUCUGGCUCUUUUUGCUUUAGAAACUCUCAACAAAAAUUGUGGUGAGAGUGUUUUCCAGCAGAUAGUUGAGCGUGAUAUCUUACAUGAAAUGGUUAAAAUAGUAAAGAAGAAGGCUGCUAGAGUUGAAUUCCCACCUCGAGAAGAGAGCAGUGUACCAUUCUUUACUCCACCCCAGACCCAGCCAAUAAUUUCUCCUGUUACUGAAUACAAUGAUGCUGCUAUUGAGGCCUCUUUAUAGUUUGAUGCUUCAGGCCUCAGGUACUGUCUCGAUGACAACUAACUUUUGUUUGUCAUAAACAUUUAUUCAAAUUCUUGGUACUUAUUAGGUUUUAUUUUCUUAUAUUAAACAUAAGAUAGAUGCAAAAUAAAUUUCUAGCAAAGACUGGUUUUUUUCUUAUUAAUAAAUUGGGAUAUGAUUCUCCUUCCACCCAUGUUUUCCUGGACAUGUUCAAUAUAAUUGAAUUUUUAUGUGGGAGAUA